AUGGCUAGCAAAGCCAUUUUUGUGCACAACACCAGCUCCAACAACUACAACAGCAACUCCAACUACCACGACAGCAGCUCCAACAACCACAACAGCAGCUCCAACAACUACAACAGCAGCUCCAACCACCACAACAGCAGCUCCAACCACCACAACGGCAGCUCCAACAACAACAACCCCAGCUGUAACAAACACAACAGCAGCUCCAACAACCACAACAGCGGCUCCAACAACCACAACAGCAGCUCUUACCACCACAACCGCGGCUCCAACAACCACAACGGCAGGUCCAACAACAACAACCCCAGCUGUAACAACUACAACAGCAGCUCCAACCACCACAACGGCAGGUCCAACAACCACAACAGCGGCUCCAACAACCACAACAGCAGCUCCAACAACCACAACAGCAGCUCCAACAACCACAACAGCAGCUCUUACUACAACAACCGCGGCUCCAACAACCACAACAGCGGCUCAAACAACCACAACAGCAGCUCCAACAACCACAACAGCGGCUCCAACGACAACCUUAGGUUCAACAACCACAACCGCAGGUCCAACAACCACAACCACAGGUCCAACAACCACAACAGCGGCUCCAACAACCACAACAUCGGCUCCAACAACCACAACAGCAGCUCCAACAACUACAACAGCAGUUCCAACUACAACAACAGCUGCUCCAACAACCACAACUGCAGGUCCAACAACCACAACCGCAGGUCCAACAACCACAACAGCGCCUCCAACAAACACAACAGCGCCUCCAACAACCACAACAGCGCCUCCAACAACCACAACAGCAGCUCCAACAACCACAACAGCAGCUCCAACAACCACAACCGUGGCUCCAACAACUACAACAGCGGCUGUAACAACCACAACAGCAGCUCCAACAACCACAACAGCGGCUCCAACAACCACAACAGCGGCUCCAACGACAACCUUAGGUCCAACAACCACAACCGCAGGUCCAACAACCACAACCACAGGUCCAACAACCACAACAGCGCCUCCAACCACCAAAACAGCAAUUCUGACUACCACAACAGCAGCUCCAACAACCACAACAGCGCCUCCAACCACUACAACAGCGGCUCCAACGACAACCAUAGGUCCAACAACCACAACCGCAGGUCCAACAACCACAACAGCGGCUCCAACAACCACAACGGCAGGUCCAACAACCACAACAGCAGCUCCAACAACCACAACAGCAACUCCAACAACCACAACGGCAGCUCCAACAACCACAACGGCAGGUCCAACAACCACAACAGCGGCUCCAACAACCACAACAGCAACUCCAACAACCACAACAGCGGCUCCAACAACUACAACAGCAGCUCCAACUACCACAACAGCAACUCCAACAACCACAACAGCAACUCCAACAACCACAACAGCGGCUCCAACAACCACAACAGCAGCUCCAACAACUACAACAGCGGCUCCAACAACCACAACAGCGCCUCCAACAACCACAACAGCAGCUCCAACAACCACAACAGCAGCUCCAACAACUACAACAGCGGCUCCAACGACAACCUUAGGUCCAACAACCACAACCGCAGGUCCAACAACCACAACCACAGGUCCAACAACCACAACAGUGCCUCCAACAACCACAACAGCAAUUCUGACUACCACAACAGCAGCUCCAACAACUACAACAGCAGCUCGAACAACCACAACAGCAGCUCCAACAACCACAACAGCAGCUCCAACAACCACAACAGCAGCUCCAACAACCACAACAGCAGGUCCAACAACCACAACAGCGCCUCCAACAACCACAACAGCAGCUCCAACAACCACAACAGCGCCUCCAACAACUACAACAGCAGCUCCAACAACCACAACAGCAGCUCCAACAACCACAACAGCAGCUCAAACAACCACAACAGCAGCUCCAACAACCACAACAGCAGCUCCAACUACCACAACAGCAGCUCCAACAACCACAACAGCAGCUCCAACAACCACAAAAGCAGCUCCAACAACCACAACAGCAGCUCCAACAACCACAACAGCAGCUCCAACAACCACAACAGCGCCUCCAACAACCACAAGGGCAGCUCCAACAACCACAACAGCAGCUCCAACAACCACAACAGCGCCUCCAACAACCACAACAGCAGCUCCAACAACCACAACAGCAGCUCCAACAACCACAACAGCAGCUCCAACAACCACAACAGCAGCUCCAACAACCACAACAGCAGCUCCAACAACCACAACAGCAGCUCCAACAACCACAACAGCAGCUCCAACAACCACAACAGCUGCUCCAACAACCACAACUGCCGGUCCAACAACCACAACCGCAGGUCCAACAGCCACAACAGCGCCUCCAACAACCACAACAGCGCCUCCAACAACCACAACAGCGGCUCCAACCACCACAACAGCGGCUCCAACAACCACAACAGCGGCUCCAACAACCACAACAGCGGCUCCAACAACCACAACAGCGGCUCCAACAACCACAACAGCGGCUCCAACAACCACAACAGCGGCUCCAACAACCACAACAGCGCCUCCAACAACCACAACAGCGGCUCCAACAACCACAACAGCGGCUCCAACCACCACAACAGCAGCUCCAACCACCACAACAGCGCCUCCAACAACCACAACAGCAGCUCCAACAACCACAACAGCAGCUCCAACAACUACAACAGCAGCUCCAACAACCACAACAGCAGCUCCAACAACCACAACAGCAGCUCCAACAACUACAACAGCAGCUCCAACAACUACAACAGCAGCUCCAACAACCACAACAGCAGCUCCAACAACCACAACAGCAGCUCCAACAACCACAACAGCUGCUCCAACAACCACAACUGCCGGUCCAACAACCACAACCGCAGGUCCAACAACCACAACAGCGCCUCCAACAACCACAACAGCGCCUCCAACAACCACAACAGCGGCUCCAACCACCACAACAGCGGCUCCAACAACCACAACAGCGGCUCCAACAACCACAACAUCGGCUCCAACAACCACAACAGCGCCUCCAACAACCACAACAGCGGCUCCAACAACCACAACAGCGGCUCCACCCACCACAGCAGCAGCUCCAACAACCACAACAGCAGCUCCAACAACCACAACAGCAGCUCCAACAACCACAACAGCAGCUCCAACAACCACAACAGCAGCUCCAACAACCACAACAGCAGCUCCAACAACCACAACAGCGCCUCCAACAACCACAAGGGCAGCUCCAACAACCACAACAGCGCCUCCAACAACCACAACAGCAGCUCCAACAACCACAACAGCAGCUCCAACAACUACAACAGCAGCUCCAACAACCACAACAGCGCCUCCAACAACCACAACAGCAGCUCCAACGACAACCUUAGGUCCAACAACCACAACCGCAGGUCCAACAACCACAACCACAGGUCCAACAACCACAACAGUGCCUCCAACAACCACAACAGCAAUUCUGACUACCACAACAGCAGCUCCAACAACUACAACAGCAGCUCCAACAACCACAACAGCAGCUCCAACAACCACAACAGCAGCUCCAACAACCACAACAGCAGCUCCAACAACCACAACAGCAGGUCCAACAACCACAACAGCGCCUCCAACAACCACAACAGCGGCUCCAACAACCACAACAGCGGCUCCAACAACCACAACAGCGCCUCCAACAACCACAACAGCGGCUCCAACAACCACAACAGCGGCUCCAACCACCACAACAGCAGCUCCAACCACCACAACAGCGCCUCCAACAACCACAACAGCAGCUCCAACAACCACAACAGCAGCUCCAACAACUACAACAGCAGCUCCAACAACCACAACAGCAGCUCCAACAACCACAACAGCAGCUCCAACAACUACAACAGCAGCUCCAACAACUACAACAGCAGCUCCAACAACCACAACAGCAGCUCCAACAACCACAACAGCAGCUCCAACAACCACAACAGCUGCUCCAACAACCACAACUGCCGGUCCAACAACCACAACCGCAGGUCCAACAACCACAACAGCGCCUCCAACAACCACAACAGCGCCUCCAACAACCACAACAGCGGCUCCAACCACCACAACAGCGGCUCCAACAACCACAACAGCGGCUCCAACAACCACAACAUCGGCUCCAACAACCACAACAGCGCCUCCAACAACCACAACAGCGGCUCCAACAACCACAACAGCGGCUCCACCCACCACAGCAGCAGCUCCAACAACCACAACAGCAGCUCCAACAACCACAACAGCAGCUCCAACAACCACAACAGCAGCUCCAACAACCACAACAGCAGCUCCAACAACCACAACAGCAGCUCCAACAACCACAACAGCGCCUCCAACAACCACAAGGGCAGCUCCAACAACCACAACAGCGCCUCCAACAACCACAACAGCAGCUCCAACAACCACAACAGCAGCUCCAACAACUACAACAGCAGCUCCAACAACCACAACAGCGCCUCCAACAACCACAACAGCAGCUCCAACGACAACCUUAGGUCCAACAACCACAACCGCAGGUCCAACAACCACAACCACAGGUCCAACAACCACAACAGUGCCUCCAACAACCACAACAGCAAUUCUGACUACCACAACAGCAGCUCCAACAACUACAACAGCAGCUCCAACAACCACAACAGCAGCUCCAACAACCACAACAGCAGCUCCAACAACCACAACAGCAGCUCCAACAACCACAACAGCAGGUCCAACAACCACAACAGCGCCUCCAACAACCACAACAGCGCCUCCAACAACCACAACAGCGCCUCCAACAACCACAACAGCAGCUCCAACAACCACAACAGCAGCUCCAACAACCACAACAGCAGCUCCAACAACCACAACAGCAGCUCCAACAACCACAACAGCAGCUCCAACAACCACAACAGCAGCUCCAACUACCACAACAGCAGCUCCAACAACCACAACAGCAGCUCCAACAACCACAACAGCAGCUCCAACAACCACAAAAGCAGCUCCAACAACCACAACAGCGCCUCCAACAACCACAAGGGCAGCUCCAACAACCACAACAGCAGCUCCAACAACCACAACAGCGCCUCCAACAACCACAACAGCAGCUCCAACAACCACAACAGCAGCUCCAACAACUACAACAGCAGCUCCAACAACCACAACAGCAGCUCCAACAACCACAACAGCAGCUCCAACAACCACAACAGCAGCUCCAACAACCACAACAGCAGCUCCAACAACCACAACAGCUGCUCCAACAACCACAACUGCCGGUCCAACAACCACAACCGCAGGUCCAACAGCCACAACAGCGCCUCCAACAACCACAACAGCGCCUCCAACAACCACAACAGCGGCUCCAACCACCACAACAGCGGCUCCAACAACCACAACAGCGGCUCCAACAACCACAACAGCGGCUCCAACAACCACAACAGCGGCUCCAACAACCACAACAGCGGCUCCAACAACCACAACAGCGCCUCCAACAACCACAACAGCGGCUCCAACAACCACAACAGCGGCUCCAACCACCACAACAGCAGCUCCAACCACCACAACAGCGCCUCCAACAACCACAACAGCAGCUCCAACAACCACAACAGCAGCUCCAACAACUACAACAGCAGCUCCAACAACCACAACAGCAGCUCCAACAACCACAACAGCAGCUCCAACAACCACAACAGCAGCUCCAACAACUACAACAGCAGCUCCAACAACCACAACAGCAGCUCCAACAACCACAACAGCAGCUCCAACAACCACAACAGCAGCUCCAACAACCACAACAGCAGCUCCAACAACCACAACAGCAGCUCCAACAACCACAACAGCAGCUCCAACAACCACAACAGCUGCUCCAACAACCACAACUGCCGGUCCAACAACCACAACCGCAGGUCCAACAACCACAACAGCGCCUCCAACAACCACAACAGCGCCUCCAACCACCACAACAGCGGCUCCAACCACCACAACAGCGGCUCCAACAACCACAACAGCGGCUCCAACAACCACAACAUCGGCUCCAACAACCACAACAGCGCCUCCAACAACCACAACAGCGGCUCCAACAACCACAACAGCGGCUCCAACCACCACAACAGCAGCUCCAACAACCACAACAGCAGCUCCAACAACCACAACAGCAGCUCCAACAACCACAACAGCAGCUCCAACAACCACAACAGCAGCUCCAACAACCACAAGGGCAGCUCCAACAACCACAACAUCAGCUCCAACAACCACAACAUCAGCUCCAACAACCACAACAGCGCCUCCAACAACCACAACAGCAGCUCCAACAACCACAACAGCAGCUCCAACAACCACAACAGCAGCUCCAACCACCACAACAGCAGCUCCAACCACCACAACAGCGCCUCCAACAACCACAACAGCAGCUCCAACAACCACAACAGCAGCUCCAACAACCACAACAGCAGCUCCAACAACCACAACAGCAGCUCCAACAACCACAACAGCAGCUCCAACAACCACAACAGCAGCUCCAACAACCACAACAGCAGCUCCAACAACCACAACAGCAGCUCCAACAACCACAACAGCAGCUCCAACAAACACAACAGCUGCUCUAAAAACCACAACUGCCGGUCCAACAACCACAACCGCAGGUCCAACAACCACAACAGCGCCUCCAACAACCACAACAGCGCCUCCAACAACCACAACAGCGGCUCCAACCACCACAACAGCGGCUCCAACAACCACAACAGCGGCUCCAACAACCACAACAUCGGCUCCAACAACCACAACAGCGCCUCCAACAACCACAACAGCGGCUCCAACAACCACAACAGCGGCUCCAACCACCACAACAGCAGCUCCAACCACCACAACAGCGCCUCCAACAACCACAACGGCAGCUCCAACAACCACAACGGCAGCUCCAACAACUACAACAGCAGCUCCAACAACCACAACAGCAGCUCCAACAACCACAACAGCAGCUCCAACAACCACAACAGCAGCUCCAACAACCACAACAGCAGCUCCAACUACCACAACAGCAGCGCCAACAACCACAACAGCAGCUCCAACAACCACAACAGCAGCUCCAACAACAGCAACAGCAGCUCCAACAACCACAACAGCAGCUCCAACCACCACAACAGCAGCUCCAACCACCACAACAGCGCCUCCAACUACCACAACAGCAGCUCCAACAACCACAACAGCAGCUCCAACAACCACAACAGCAGCUCCAACAACCACAACAGCAGCUCCAACCACCACAACAGCAGCUCCAACCACCACAACAGCGCCUCCAACAACCACAACAGCAGCUCCAAUAACUACAACAGCAGCUCCAACAACCACAACAGCAGCUCCAACAACCACAACAGCAGCUCCAACAACCACAACAGCAGCUCCAACAACCACAACAGCAGCUCCAACUACCACAACAGCAGCUCCAACAACCACAACAGCAGCUCCAACAACCACAACAGCAGCUCCAACAACCACAACUGCCGGUCCAACAACCACAACUGCCGGUCCAACAACCACAACCGCAGGUCCAACAACCACAACAGCGCCUCCAACAACCACAACAGCGCCUCCAACAACCACAACAGCGGCUCCAACAACCACAACCGCAGGUCCAACAACCACAACAGCAACUCCAACAACCACAACGGCAGCUCCAACAACCACAACGGCAGGUCCAACAACCACAACAGCAACUCCAACUACCACAACAGCAACUCCAACAACCACAACAGCGCCUCCAACAACCACAACAGCGCCUCCAACAACCACAACAGCGGUUCAAACGACCACAACAACAAUUCCGACUACCACAACAGGAGCUCCAACAACCACAACUCAAUAAAACCAUUUCAGGACUUCUUCAAGAGCCUUAAGGUGGCAGCCUAG